AUCCAAACUUGAUUUAACGAUUUAAUAAAAGUAUUUUUAAAUUACAACUCUUCAAUGAUUUUAAGGACACCGGCUCGUAUGGGUUCUGGUAGCAUCUUCUGUCUGUACCAACCAACCAUAGAACGGGUGGGAGAUGUUAUAUUUUGUGGUAUCUCGAAAUUUAAAAAUAAUAUAUAGACUAAACUUUAGCGUGGCUCUUCUCUCUCUCGCUCCAAUUUUUUAAUCGAGUUUUCGUUCCAUAAGCCUGUAUUUAAGUAAGGUCUUUCUUCUCCAAUGGACUUCAUUUCUUCACCAUUAACACAGCACAGCUCCUUCUCUUCUCUUCUCUACACUCCAUCAAACCAAUCCGUGAAAGAUGACGAAUUGGUCUAGUCUCAGAGGCCAUAGGGAUAUCGUUAUGAUUCCCACACCUGGAGCGCCAAAUGGUGCUGAUGGACAACCAUCGGCCGAUCAUUAUCAGGUGAAUUCCUCAAGCUCGAUGUUGACAGGAGGAAAGAAAAGAAGUCAGAAAGCUAAAGGAAAAGGCAUCAAGAAACAGUGCCUGACCCGGGUAACCGGUGGAGAAGAGAGUGUGGGAGAGCUUACUGUAGAGCAUAGUGGGAAAAACUUGACUGACCAAAUCAACAGAAGGACGUGUAAAGUCAAGGAAAAACAUUGGGAUCGGCUACGUAACUGUCCAGAAGUUAUAUCCAUCAUCAAGCAAAUUGAAGAGAAAUGGCCACUGCUAUCUGAUCUCGAAAAAAUUAAGGAGAAAAGGAGUGAAAUCCUAACCAAGUUCAAGGCAGGCCGUUUAAAAGAGGAUGGGGCGAAGCAGGAAUUGGACAAACUAAAGGAGAGGCUCAAUCAUGUAGAUGGACAACUACAGGAGUUGCACAAAGCAAACAACCUUGAGGAGUUGAACAAAGUAAAGAACCUUGAGGAAAUGUUCCUUAAUGAGGAUAAUGACCUGGAGACUCUUCAAAAAGAGUAUUAUUCUGUAUGUCCACGGAUGAAAGAAGUUGUUGCGCCUGAUGAUCAUGGAAGUUUGCUAAUUCCUGAAGUAUUGUCUAAAAUGAAUGAGUUGGAAAACGAAAUUUAUGCCAAAGACGACAACAAAGUGAAUGUUCAAGACUUCAAUGGCUUACAACAAGCAUUGAACAAAAAUUUCAACACUUGCACCGAUGCACGGGUGAAGGCUGCUCAAGCCGAACCCCACGAUAAUAAAGGUGAAGAUGUUGAAGGAGAUGAUUCGGUUCCACCUCCCGCACAAGCUCCACCACAAUAUCCAAUUUUUUCUGCCGAAACGUUAGCUAUACUCAACGUACUUGGCUCUUUGAGAGAUGAUAUUAGUGGCAUCCGUGAUGAAGUUCGAGGCUUAGGUGCUAGGAUGUCUACAUUGGAGAAACAUAUCGCUUAUCUUAUGUUUCAAUUCUCUCCACCACAGCCUCCUCAGUAUAGCUAGGACUCAUUUCGCAUUCAUGGAUUUUCAUGUUUUAUUUGGAUGUUUUACAUUGUUUUCCUAUCUCUGUGCUUGUUGCACUUUAAUGAUUACUUAGUAUGCUUAGGUGCUGGGAUGUCUACAUUGGAGGAACAUAUCGUUUAUCUUAUGUUUCAAUUCCCUCCACCACAGCCUUCUCAAGAUAGCUAGGACUCAUUUUGCAUUCAUGGAUUUUCAUGUUUUAUUUGGAUGUUUUACAUUGUUUUCCUAUCUCUAUGUUUGUUGCACUUUAAUGAUUACUUAGUAUUUUAUUUUAUUCAUUUAAAAAAUUGGAUAAAUUAAA